AUGCAGAGAAAGUCCUCCUCCCCACUGGCCCCAGCCUUUAUGGUGUCGGCUCCAGGAAAGGUCAUUGUGUACGGAGAACAUGCAGUCGUGCACGGGAAAGCCGCAAUGGCUGCCGCCAUCUCUCUUCGUUCAUACCUCCUCGUCACCACCCUCACGAAGUCGCAGCGCACAAUCACUUUGAACUUUCGCGAUACAGACCUGAACUAUACGUGGAACAUCGACGAAUUGCCCUGGGACCUCUUCCAGCAGCCGUCUAAGAAGAAGUACUAUUACGACCUCGUCACCACCCUCGACCCCGAACUCUACGACGCAAUACAGCCUCAUGUUCAAGAUAUUUCCCCAGAUGCUCCCGAGGAAAUACGCAAGAUCCACAUGCGGUCCGCUAGCGCAUUUCUCUACCUCUUUCUCUCGCUGGGCUCUCCGCAGAGUCCUGGCGCUAUCUACACUCUCCGGUCGACAAUCCCUAUCGGCGCGGGCUUAGGAAGCAGUGCCAGUGUUUGCGUGUGCAUGAGUGCUGCGCUGCUCGUUCAGAUGCGCACUCUUGCCGGUCCCCACCCCGACCAGCCCCCGGAUGAAGCUGAGGUGCAAAUCGAGAGAGUCAAUCGUUGGGCAUUUGUAGGGGAGAUGUGCAUCCACGGCAACCCCAGUGGGGUGGACAACACGGUAUCCGCGGGCGGAAAGGCCGUGAUUUUUAGACGCGGAGAUUAUUCAAAACCUCCAAGUGUCGUCUCACUCCCCACCUUCCCCGAGCUGCCCCUUCUGCUUGUCGACACACGACAAGCCCGUUCCACUGCUGUUGAAGUCGCUAAGGUGGGGGAAUUGAGGAAGGAAUGGCCAGUAGUCACCGAGUCCAUUCUCGAUUCCAUUGACAGCGUUACCACCUCUGCCGAACAAGUUAUCCGUGAUCCGGCUUCUGCUAGUUUAUCCGAAGGCACUCUCCAGCAACUAGGAACACUCAUUCGAAUCAACCAUGGGUUCCUCGUUUCCCUUGGUGUGUCUCAUCCGCGCUUAGAGCGAAUCCGUGAACUCGUGGACUAUUCCGAUAUUGGUUGGACAAAACUGACUGGUGCUGGUGGCGGUGGAUGCGCGAUUACCCUGCUACGUCCCGAGUUAAAGGGUGAAUCCCUUGGGAAGUUGAAAACUCAACUCGAGGACGAGAACUUCGGAAUAUAUGAGACUACCCUUGGUGGUGAUGGAGUGGGUGUGCUCUGGCCUGCCGUUUUACGCAAUGGAACCGACGAAGAAGGUGGUGAGGAGAUUGACCAGCAGAAGUUCGAAAAUGCUGAGGGAACCGAAGGUAUUGAGCGUCUCGUUGGAGUUGGUGUCCAGGAGAAGCGAGAAGGGUGGAAAUUCUGGAAGCGAGCUGCCGCCUGA